GUGGCGUGUUGGACGUCUAGUCCACGGGCAACGUCAGUCGUACACCCGGCUAUCGGCGACAAAUCUCGCGCUGUCUCGAAAAGUCCGUUUCGCGCCACGAUUACAACAAUACUGCGACGAGUUAUUGUGCAACUCGUUUUCUACCGGUUUGCUGCGGACGACUCAAUUUCGCGACGGACGCAACGUUUAUGCCGAACAUCGCCAAUGCAGAAAACACCCGAACUCCCAUCUAAAUCUAUAAAAGUUUCAGGUUUUUCUCAAUCUGUCUAUGUAAAAAUAUUUUUUAUACUCAUUCCUCAUACCAUAUAAGAGUGUCAAAUUUAAUUUUCAAAUAACAAUACAUAUACUUAACUUACUUAUUUGAUAGAUAAUGAUCUAAUUAAAAGAAGAAUUUUCUCGGGCACACUCCUUCCGCCAAGUUUCAGAAUGAUGUGGAUUUCAUAACCAGGUGAUGCUGAGUGAUGAACGGCGGUCAAGAGUUGGUGACCGUCUUGGUAGUCAGUGGAGUGGCAGCACUAGCCACUAUCGUAAACGGAUACGUUUUGUUAGUCAUUCUACUCACCAAACGGACCAGUUCGCCGAUAAACGUACUGCUUAUUCAUUUGAGUACUGUGGAUUUAAUAGUUUGUGUAGCUGUAUUAAUUUCUGCAUUGCCAGAAGUGUUUACAAUAAAACAACCGAUCGCACCUUGGCUAUGUCCGGUCCAUGGGUUCAUAUUCACAUUGCUACACCCAAUUGCCAUAUGGACAGUGUGCGGUUUAAAUUGCGACAGAUACUAUGCCAUAGCAGCACCAUUGCACUACGGCACACUCGUAAACAGCAAAAAAAUAAUGUUAGGUCUAUGUGGUACAUGGCUUGUGUGUCUGUUGAUUUCGAUGCCGCCAAUUUUCAAAAUAGUACCGUACACUUACCAAACAGGACUACCUGUAUGUACGCCAGACUUCAGCAAAGGUCGAGCAACGAUUGUCUACAGUAUUUUUUAUACAACCUUCACUUUAGUGCUUCCAGGUGUCAUAAUAUUAGGAUGCAAUAUAAAAGUAUUUACUAUUGCAAGGUACCACAGGCACAGGAUUGCCUCAGCCAUAUUCGAAGUCACGUUGUCAGCUCAGGUGACAAUAACACAUCAGAGAAACCCAUUCUUUCUGCCGACCAAUAUGGCCAACAAAUUCCGCCGAAACAACGCAUUCUCUGCAGUAUUCCAAAUUAUAGGCUCAAUAGCUAUUUUUUAUCUACCCUAUUAUAGUGUAUCCUUAUAUGAGUCGGCAUGUGUGACUCUGAAUAUAAAUCCUAGAACAGAUUCUAUCAUUAAAUCAAUAUCAUUUGCACUUAUAACAGGAUCGACACUGUGUAAUGGUUUACUGUAUGGUAUCAAAAACAAAUUGUUGAAAAAAACCUAUCAAAACUAUAGAAGGAAAAUGAUGACCAAAUGCGAAAUAAACCAAGAAAUACAAGCAAGAACACCAUCAACUUGUGGAUCUCGAAGACCGUCACUAACGCCGGUCGCAAUCAACUACAAACAGUUACCUCUGAUACGGCGAUCGUCCAACGUAAGCCUAGUCGAACCAGGUCAGCUUCGACGAACUAAAACAACAUUUUCAGCUAACGGUUUGAACUUUGAUAAUUAUUAUGCCGAUAUGGCAAAAGUCGAUAACGGAUCCAUAAGGCGUUGUUACUCUUCAUCCACUAGCGAAAGGGUUACAGAUGAUAAGUUCAACAGUAAUAUAAUGGCCAGUCAAAACGCAUUCAUACGUAAAAUCCUAAAUGACUCUAGGAAAUCGCCACGAAUUCUCAUUACCCGUGCAAUGUCUGAAGAAAACGAAUCUUACAGUUCCGAACCUGAUACGCCAGUCAGAAAAGACCUGAUUCAAAAGUUAUCUUCAUCCAGUGUGACUCUAUUCAUAGACGAAAGAAGAAAAGACUUGUCUUGUUCCUAUGACGACGACGACGAAGAAGAUUUCUCUCCGGCUUUUAGCAGUUUGUCGUCAAGCAAUGACGAUAGCAGUUGUAUAGCACAAGAAUGUACAAAUCUGACUGGAUUAUCAUCAUAAAAUAUUUUUCUUAUCCGUUGUGAAAAGGUAACCAUGAACUGAUCAAUUUUUGUAUUGGGUUUAACACUUAAUUAAUAUGUUGAAACAACGUAAAACAAAAAAAAAAAAAUUAUCAAUUCAUGAACAACGGUAGUUUUUUUUAUUGUAGUUUUAAACACAAAAAUUCCCAUGUAGUCAAGUAAAUUACUUAACAGCGUCUCAUGGUAAUUUAUGAUUAAUGGUUACACUAUUACGAUAGCAAAAUAAUUGUAUUGUCCAUAGGACAAAAAAUAUGAAUGUGGUUAACGAAUAGAAUAAAAUAUAAUUUGUAUAAUUAAAUCGAAUUUAACGAAAUUUGCUUAGGUAAAAAUAAUCCACAUGUUGUAUCACGUAUCACGUACAGAGUCCAACGAGGUGAAUUUAUUUGCGAAGAAUAGUAAGCUUACGGUGUAAUGUACAAUUCAAAAUAUCUAUAGUUUUCGCUCUAUUUAACUUACUCUUAUAUAUUGAAGUAUAAGUACAGAUAGUUUAAUGAUAAGUAUAAAAGAUGGAGAACGGUAUAUUUUGUUAUAACGCUUAAUCAUUGAAAUAAUACCGAUGAAAUAUAAAAUGUAAUCAUAUAUUAUAAGACUAUGUUACAAGUAAUUAACUAAAGUAAUAUUUUUAAAAUUUACUCUCUACCACACGUUAUCAGCUGUAAUAUUAUAUACUAUUCUAUACCAAAACUAGAACUAAGUGAUCUUUGUGUUAACUUAAAAUAAAAAAAAUGAAAAUAGUCAUUUUAUUACCUUAAAAAGGCUUGCUCUAAUUACAUUUACCUUUUUCAGCUAUCUAUUCAUAUAUCUGUGGUUCUAGGUCAAAAUAGCAAAAAUUUUAUUAAAUUUGUUGAUUAUUUCUAAAAUAAAUAUCUAGUACUUAUAUUUUAUUUCAAAACAUAUAAUAAAAUAAAACUUACCAUUUCGAUGGUUAACAUAAACAAAAAGUAAUUACGUCUUUGAACCUUUCAUUUAGCUUCUCUUUAUCCGGAAAGCUAAAUAUAAUCUGGUCUCCAAAAUAUAUGCAAGUAAGUUUAAAAAUUACUUUUCAAACCAAACCGUAGUUAACCUUUUAACUAAUUAACUAACACUUCAAUAUUAAUUGAAUCAAUAUAAUUGGUCACUUAGUUGGCUUUAUUUAUUUUAUUUUAUUAUUACUAUAAAACAACAAAAUCAAAUACAUUACAAUUUCCCCUAUAGACUAAUGUAUUUGUUUAAAUAUAUAUAAGUUUAAUUUACUACAAAUAAAAUAAAUUAUCUUUUUUAACAAUAUUAUCACAAGAUUUCUAAAAAUUACGAAUUAUCCACAUUAUCAAUUUCAAAUUGUCAGAUAAUUCUUAGAAUAGAUUUAAAAAUAACGUUAUAUCUUGAUUUUUAUAAUAAUUUUUUUUUUAAGAUGUAGUUUGUAAUUGUUUUCUCUUUGUUGAAAUAUAUUUUUGUAAAUGUAUGAUUUAUUAUCAUUGUACUUUAUAAAAUCUAUCAUAAAGUAUACAGUAGAAGGUAAAAUGCUAAUUUAGUCAAUUAAUUAAAAAUUUAACUCAACCCCCCAACCUUUCGAGAGAAUGCCUUUAAUUUGCAUUACCGUGAUAUAAUUUUAAGAAAAUGAAUAUAAAUAAAUGUAUAUUUAAUUUACGCUUAAAAAUAUAAAACUAUCAUUAAGUCUUAUGUUAAAUUUAAUAAAAUAUCAAAGUAAAUAUUGAUUUUUCAUUGUUUAACGCGUAUUUACGUUUGGUUAACCAAAUCAACCCAACUUGUAAUUGUACAAAAACCCAUUUUUAGCUUUUUAAAAAGCUUAAUAUAAUUAAUAUAUAAAACUAAAAAGUGAAUAAUUAAUGUAUUAACUUAAUUAAGUUAAUAAAUUAAUUAUUGACCAACUAACAUAUUCAUGAUAUAGCUGACUUUAAAAUUUUCGAUACACAAGGCCAUAAAUAUCGUGU